CCUCCAGUGUCUGUCUCCAGGAUUUCUCUCUCCCUAUUUCAGGAGGACUCUCACAGGCUCCCUCAGCCUGUGUGAAGCUGAGGUUUCCCCUGGAUCCCGUAUAUCCCCAACACAUACCUCCACGCACACGCAGCCCCAAGAACCCCGCGCUCACACCGACACACACUCGCACGCGCACACCCUCGCGGCCGCCUGUCCAUCUCCCUCCCGGGAGAGCCGGCGCGCGUCCCCACCUUCGCCGCACACUCCCGCGAGCCGAGCUCGCCGCGCGCUAGAAUUCUGCGGCUCGGAACUCGGAUCGCAGCUCUCAACCCCCAUGGUGGUUUUCUAAACAUUUCUUUUCCUCCUCUUUCUCGUUUUUUAUUGCACCGUUUUCGGUCUGGGGGGCCAGAGCAGCAAGGCGGCUGCUUUCCCAGCCAGCCCUGGUUGGCUUGCCAUCCUCCAUCAGGCUUAUAAAAGUUUGCUGAGCGUAGUCCAGAGGGCUGCGCUGCUCGUCCCCUCGGCUGGCGGAAGGGGGUGACGCUGGGCAGCGGCGAGGAGCGCGCCGCCGGCUCUGGCGGGCUUUCGGCUUGAGGGGCAAGGUGAAGAGCGCACGGGUCCCGGGGUUCACCGAGCUGGAUUUGCAUGUUGCACCAUGCCUUCUUGGAUCGGGGCUGUGAUUCUUCCCCUCUCCGGGCUGCUGCUGUCCCUCCCGGCCGGCGCGGAUGUGAAGGCUCGGAGCUGCGGCGAGGUCCGCCAGGCGUACGGUGCCAAGGGAUUCAGCCUGGCGGACAUCCCCUACCAGGAGAUAGCAGGGGAACACUUAAGAAUCUGUCCUCAGGAGUACACGUGCUGCACCACGGAAAUGGAAGACAAGCUAAGCCAGCAAAGCAAACUGGAGUUUGAAAACCUGGUGGAGGAGACGAGUCACUUUGUGCGCACCACUUUCGUGUCCAGGCACAAGAAAUUUGACGAAUUUUUCCGAGAGCUUCUGGAAAAUGCAGAGAAGUCACUAAAUGAUAUGUUUGUACGGACCUAUGGCAUGCUGUACAUGCAGAAUUCGGAAGUGUUCCAGGACCUCUUCACAGAGCUAAAAAGAUACUACACCGGGGGCAAUGUGAAUCUGGAGGAGAUGCUCAAUGACUUCUGGGCUCGGCUCCUGGAACGAAUGUUUCAGCUGAUCAACCCACAGUAUCACUUCAGCGAGGACUACCUGGAGUGCGUGAGCAAAUACACGGACCAGCUGAAGCCAUUUGGAGAUGUUCCCCGGAAGCUGAAAAUUCAGGUCACUCGCGCCUUCAUUGCUGCUCGGACAUUUGUCCAGGGGCUGACCGUGGGCAGAGAAGUUGCAAAUCGAGUUUCCAAGGUGAGCCCGACCCCAGGCUGCAUCCGUGCGCUCAUGAAGAUGCUGUACUGCCCUUACUGUCGGGGACUCCCCACGGUGAGACCAUGCAACAACUACUGCCUCAAUGUCAUGAAGGGCUGCCUGGCAAAUCAGGCUGAUCUCGACACCGAGUGGAAUCUGUUUAUAGAUGCAAUGCUCUUGGUGGCAGAGCGGCUGGAAGGACCAUUCAACAUUGAGUCGGUCAUGGACCCAAUAGAUGUCAAGAUCUCUGAAGCCAUCAUGAACAUGCAAGAGAACAGCAUGCAGGUGUCUGCAAAGGUCUUUCAGGGAUGUGGCCAACCCAAACCUGCUCCAGCCCUCAGAUCUGCUCGCUCAGCUCCCGAAAAUUUUAAUACACGGUUCAGGCCUUACAAUCCUGAGGAAAGACCAACCACUGCUGCAGGCACAAGCUUGGACCGGCUGGUCACAGACAUAAAAGAGAAACUGAAGCUCUCUAAAAAGGUCUGGUCGGCAUUGCCCUACACCAUCUGCAAGGACGAGAGUGUGACGGCGGGCACGUCCAACGAAGAGGAAUGUUGGAACGGGCACAGCAAAGCCAGAUACUUGCCUGAGAUCAUGAACGAUGGGCUGACCAACCAGAUCAACAACCCCGAGGUGGACGUGGACAUCACACGGCCCGACACGUUCAUCAGGCAGCAGAUCAUGGCUCUCCGUGUGAUAACCAACAAACUGAAGAACGCGUAUAACGGCAAUGACGUCAACUUCCAGGACACGAGUGAUGAAUCCAGCGGCUCGGGGAGUGGCAGUGGGUGCAUGGAUGAUGUGUGUCCUACGGAGUUUGAGUUUGUCACCACAGAGGCCCCGGCAGUGGACCCUGACAGGAGAGAAGUAGACUCUUCUGCAGCCCGCCUGGAACACUCCCUCCUCUCAGGGUCUCUCGUCUGCAUCGCCCUGGCGUGGCAGAGACUGUGCAGAUAAUCCUGGGAUUUUGGUCAGAUGAAACUGCAUUUUAGCUAUUUGGACGGCCAACUCACUUCUUUUCUUACACUCUUGGACAAUGGACCAUGCCACAAACGCUUACCGUUUUCUAUGAGAAGAGAGCAGUGCUGCACUAUGCCUCCCUUUUUGUUUUCCCAAAGAGCACCGGGUGCCAGACUGGACUGCUUCCUCUUUCCUUCAGCUGUCAUCUGUGGGAAACUUGUUUAUUCUAGAGAAUUCUUACUCAAAUCUUUCGUACCAGGAGAUUUUCUUACCUUCAUUUGCUUUUAUGCUGCAGAAGUGAAGGAAUCUCACGUUGUGAGUUUUUUAUUUUUUUCCCCAUUUAAAAAAAAUAGGAAGAAAAUAAUUUUCCUCGCAAAAUCAGGCCAAACCCCAAGACAACUGCAUUUUCAACAAAGAAGCAAACGAGAAAAAUAAAAGAGCUUUAACGUUGUAAGUUUGGCGUUGCCAGCCAACUCCCAGUGUGAGCUUUUCUGUGACAAAUCAGGUUUACAAAAUGCUUAUGUGGAGAAGGUUUGAAAUUUUUUUUAAUGUAGUGAAAAUACACUGUUGUCUUGGAGGUCUUGCACGCUAACCAUACAAUGCCAAGCUGAUUCAGAGGUACUGAUAGGAAAUUUAGAACUCCAUCUUUAAUCUGAGAGUAAAAUGUGCUACAACUCAGCACCUGUCUCUCACCCUGCCCGAUUUCAAUUUCAGUAAUAGCACCAUUUUCCUUAAUUCUCUUAACGUCUGACCACUGUAUCCAAUUGGCACAGAUUUCUCCCUUCGUCUCCAGUUACUAGUGGACACCCUCAUGAAUUCAUCCUCCUCAAGGGUCUGAAAUGAAAAUAAUCUUCAACCAUACAAUUGCUUUGCUUUAGCCACAGGCUUGACGUGAAUUAGAUGUUUCUGCCCGUGCUCAUUACCCUCCCAAAAGAAGAGUUCCUUUAAUGAACCGAUAAACAAUUCGAUCCAUAAGUGAGUUUUCAUUUUUAACUAUUUGCUUUGUGUCAGUUGGUUUCUGCAUCACAAGGGCAUUCUCUUACAAAAUAACUCACAACAACAACAAAAAACUCAAGACAAAAAAUAUAUAUAUAUAGUAUUGACAUGGAGAUUUCUUUCACUUUUUUAGUCUUAGUAUGAUCAUCUAUUUUUAUAUCUAUAUAUAUAUAAAUCACAGAUUUUAACUUCUUAAUUCCAAGCUCAGGGUUGACACACCUUUGUAACGAAAAUGUUUUGUCAACCAGCUCUUCUUGUUUUGUGCUGCUCAGAGAAGGGAUUCCUCAAUGAUCUGUGAGCACCAAGAAUCAAGAAAGAGAACUUUUUACGUAUCUAACCGUCCAUUUAUUAAAAGUUUGCCAGGGCACACCCUUCUCACAUGAGCAUGUUUUGUCCUGGGUGCUCCAGACUGUAUCGAACGCAUGGGCAGAGCCGUGGGUGUGCAGAACUUUACUGGUCAUGGAAACCGUAUGCGCAAGGAACGUGAUUCACACAAAACCAUUGCUUUCGGUACGACGCCUUCAGCCUAGGAUUCCUGCUUGGCACUUGGAGAAAUAUCCUAAUUCAAGAGGCUGAUUUGGAGCCUAACUGAUCCGCCAGGUGUGCCAAAGUCAGGCACUAUGCUCCUCCUGACAGAAGCAAAAUAAACUAACCUGGGGCUUUAUGAAUACCAUUGGCUAUCCAUGUGUUUUUUGGUUUUUAUGAUGUAUCUGGGGUUGGGAAAAGUAAUGUUUCAAGACACCAUAGUACGCCAGUCACAUGUUAAUCAACCCAUUGGCAGUCAUGACAUAUCAAUGGUAUUUUUCGAUCUCCGUACUCAUCAAAAUUAUAAUUAGUUAUUGAUUUAGUCAUCACAUUUAGGUAGAACACAUGCGGCACAAUAGUAUUAAGUAUACUUGAGCACUUUUGCAAAACAAAGUAUUUAGAAGCAUCUCUUGCUAUUGUAUGCCUAACGAAAUACGGAAUGUAGGAUUCUGAGAGAUUUUGUGGCAUCUUUUCAUUUAAAUCUUUAUGAAAUUAAUACAAUCUAAUUCAGCAUUACAUACUUCUAGAAAACCAUUCAUUUCACUGCCAAACUUUGGCUUCCUAUCACCAGUUACACAUAAAACAUCUCUAUGAAGGACCAGUCAUUUAUGUUGCUCAUUGUGUUGUAUGUUCAGAAAUCAGUAUUGUCUUUCUCCAGUAAUUAAGGUGCAAUACAAAUUAAAUCAAUCUUGAUUUUCCAAAAUAUUUGAGUCAUAACUUGUUUUUAUAGCUUUAAGCUCCAAGUCUUUCCUUUUUAAAAUAUAUCUGCAUUGUUUUCUGUGAAAUAGAUCAGAAUGCCUUGUUUUCCCUGUACUUUCACCCCCAAAGGGUUUUGUGCAUGUAUGUGAAUACACAUUAUAUUAAUGAAUGUGAACCCAUGUUCUAUAAACACUAACCACACAGACAAUAUAUAAAUGCCUGCUUCAUCUGUUUCAACACCUUCGUUAACGAUACUAUUCACAUUGGUGAGCUAUAGUGAUCUAGAUGAGCCAGGCAGAGAACUGAAUCCACUGUCAGUUAAUGAUGCCACAGUAUCAGUCACCUGCAUGGAUGUGGUCAAAAUAUUAUUCAAAUUGUACUUCCUGGUUUUUAUCAUCAUCCUACGAUGUCAUAUGAUUUUCAGACUAAUUUCACAUGGGAAUUUUUUGUGCCCUAAGGGAAUUAGUUUGAUCUAGUUAACCCAUUUCAGUAAGUGUUUUGGAAUCUCCCCCUCCCCUCACCAAAUUAAUUUCUCUCGUUUUAGCGUAGUGAUAGGGGAGGCAACGAUGCGCGAUUAUUUUUCCUGACCUGUCCUCAUUUGCUUUGAUGUCCCCUAAAUUCUGUAAUCACAUCAUCACCUCUGUUAUGAGUAGAGAGGGAUGGGCUCACUGAAAUCGGAUGCUAGGAAUCGUUGGGCGAUGCUUAUAACUGCAAACACUUAGCUUAUUGAAGUGCCUCUAUUUACAUGUUCUUUAGUUAUAAUAUGUAUUUUUCUAACAGAAAUACACGUCUGUAAUUGGUGUAUAUUAUACUUUGUAUACCUUAUAACAAAAGCUAAACAGAGGCUAAAGUCUUUAGCAGAGAAGAAUAGAUUGCAAAUUCACGAGUUUGAGCUCCACUUCUGGUUCUGUGUUGAGGGACAGCCACGACAGCCUUCUCUCGUUUGGAUGAAGGUCAAGUCGGGACUUUGAUUAGAGCCAUCAUAGAACAUUAGCUCUAGCAAUCUGAAUCCCUUACAGUGACUUACCCAGAUCGAUAUCUUUUGUUACCUGCUUUAGUUGUAAGGGAUAGAUAGAUAAUACUACUUUGUCUACACUGAAAAACACAACUAUUCAUUGGUAAGCAGUAGGAAUUAUAAAAGUAGCGUUCUAUAAAUCAGACACACUGAAAAUAUUAUUGGACGCAGAAGCCUGAUAUUUAAUUUAUAUUCCCUGCUGCAGACAUUAGCCUACUUUAAUUCUUUAGCCAUUACGUACAUGUUUUGGCUACACACUGAACACCAACUAAAGUCCCCAAGGAGGAAUAAAACCUUAGCAAUUCCUGAGUUGUGAUUCUUUUACUACUUCUCUUUGCAAGGCUAAUUACCAGGUGGUUUGAUUAAAGGUGGAAGGGUUAGCAAAUGCAAGUUUUGACUUAUCCAAAAUUUGCAGAAAUUCAAACUCAUUUUCAUUUACUUACAGUCACUAACAAAUCUGACUUCUAACUUUAAAAAAAAAAAAAAGGGAGGGGAGGGGCACUUUAGCUUUGCCAACAGAAGAGUAAGGAGACCAUAACUUACAAAUUUGCAAUGUGUUCCUCCUCGGUGGAGACAUUAGCCAGUGUUUAGUUUUAGGCCAAGUUCUACAAAGAGAGUAUUGAUUUGCAUGCAUUCUGGAGCCUUGCUAUAACACAGUUUGCUACAGCACAGGACUCAGCCUAGCAUGGGGCUAUUUGAGCCUCAGUGAAAGUUGAAAAGUACUGGAAUCUUUGACAUUGCCUUGUAAUGAGGUACUUCUGUGAAAAGACACCUCAAGAUGGCGUAGUAGUGAGGUCUCUGUGUGCAUAUGCAUAACAUAUAUGCAGGACAAAUGUGUGCACCAAUCAAACCUAAAAUUUUAUGUGACUGUCAAAUGAAUAUUAUUUGGGUUAAGAUUUUUUUCAUUUCUGAUUUGGAUAGAAAAUUGCUAUUAAUCUUGUAUUAAAAUAGUUUUUAAAAAUC